ACGAAAGUUGGAGCAUGGAAGGCUUUUUCUGGGACAAACUGCGAGCUUCUGGGACGCCUCGGACAGUCGCCACUUGAGGAGGACGUCCUUAGCAAUGUCGAGAAAUUUGUCGUCAAACUGUAUAAGGUUGAUUCCAGCAUCACAUGCUCAAACGAUGCCCGAAGUUAUUUAUUUGGAGCUGUAAAAAAGCCAGAAUUUCUCCCACCGACAACUGAUGCACUUCGUCUCCAUAUUAAGAGAUGCAACUACCAGGUGUGUGUUUGGGAGAAUGCGCAUAUCCCCAAACCGUCACUACCUAGGCUGCAGGACUGUGGCUGGAUUGUGCAGAGAGAACAAGUUGUUCCUCGUUUAAUAACACUGGAUCCCAUUCCUAAGACGUGCCCAGAAAUAGUUGUCUGUCAUUGCAAAGGACAUUGUAAUACAAAAAAUUGCAGUUGUAGA